AUGAGCUUGGACGCGUCCUCCCCCGUAGCUAACGACGCUGACGGCAGUAGCAGCCCCUUGUCCCUCAACUCCCCCAUCAACGUACGCGUGGAGGCCGCCAACGCCCCCAAGACGCCGCUGUUGAACGUGCACGAGGAAGCGGAGCAUCUGUAUCCGGCCGUCAUCGAGUGGUCUCGCCCCUGUGAAUCCGUCGGCGUCACCGGCAGCUUCAACAAUUGGGGCUCUCAGAUCCUUCUCAAAAAGCAGAAAACCACGGAGAAUGAGCCCCCUCUCUUCAGUGUCAAACUGUGGCUACCUGUAGGUACUCACCUGUUCAAAUUCUGCGUAGACGGGGCUUGGCAAUACGAUCCGGAGGUGACGUUCGCCCCGGACGAGUACGGAAACCUCAACAACUUUAUCAAGAUCGCCCCCAACGCGGAUCCUCAGACCAAGGAGAAGCCUCUGCAACGUACUAUCCGUACCAUCAUCCGCGACGCUAAUGAAGGGCUGCCCGUCAUGAACCCUAUAGCCAGUGAGGAGCUCAUGAAGCUUCGUCUACAGAACUCCCCGGUGCAGAAAGCGCGCUCUCCCAGCUCCAAGAUACGCCACCAAAAGCGACCGGACCCGACCACCCGGUCGACGCCCCUUACAGCGCCUCGUCAACCGCAAGAGAUGGAGGACUCUGAGUACGGAAUCGAGGUGAGUGAGCGGCGUAUGAGCAGCCACAACGUCACACUGCCGCGACCUCGAGCGGGGACGUUGACGCGGUCUAAGAGCGAAGAAAACCUCAGUCACGCCGCGUCCGGCUCGACCUUAGUCGCUGCAGACGUGGCGACCGCAGCUACGCCCAAGUACACGAACUACAUCGAUGACAUCGCCACGUCCGUGCUGUUAGCAGCCACGACGCAGCAUUUUGGCGGCGAUUUAGUGACGCACGAGCACAACACUCGCGCGCAGUUAGGUGGCCAUCGCUCCGUGCUGGUUCGAGGCCCCCACACGGCCAAGCAGACGGCUCCGCAGCAACGGAGUGGCGGCAAACUCAUGAUCUUCCUGGUGGGGCUUCCUGGCCGCGGGAAGACGUACAUUGGCCACAUUCUAGCGCGUCACUUGACGUGGAUGGGACACCAGUCGCGCACGUUUAACACGGGCGAAUACCGCCGCCGACUGGUGGGUUCCAACGUGAACCACGCGUUCUGGGACCCGUUCAACGAGGAAUCCUUCCAGAUCCGCACGGAGCUGUCAAAACAGUGUCUGGAGGACUCGAUCGCGGCGCUGGAGAGCAAUGACUGCGACUGCGUCAUCUUUGACGCCACCAACGUCACGCGUAAGCGUCGCCAGAUGCUGCUGAACGAGGUGCAUGAGCGCUACAAGUGCGAGAUGAUGUUCAUCGAGUCGGUGUGCGACGAUCCGGACCUCAUCGCGUCUUCGAUCAACGAGAUGAAGCUCAACUCGGCCGACUAUGCUGGUCAGACGAUGGAGGAGGCAGCUGCAGACUACAACAACCGCAUCAACCACUACCAGUCGCUGUACGAACCGCUCGCUGCUGACCUGGAGGGCGCGCCGUUCAUCAAGAUCAUCGAUGUGGGACGCCAGAUCUUCUGUAACCAGGUGUACGGCUACUUGCAGUCGCGUAUCAUGUUCCUGAUGGCCAAUCUGAACCUCAAGCCACGUCCGAUCUGGCUCAGUCGUCACGGCGAGAGCAUGUACAACACACAGAAGCGUAUUGGAGGUGACGCGCCGCUGAGUCCGCUUGGAGUGCAGUACGCGGAGCAGCUGGACCGGUUUAUCGACGCGUACUACCCCACGCCGGACACAGAACUCGCCGUCUGGACGUCGACCAUGCUGCGUACAGGAAUGACGGUCGAGCGUAUUGCCGCCCGUGGGCGCUCAAUUGUCAAGUGGAAACAGCUAGACGAGAUCGAUGCCGGUAUCUGCGACGGUAUGACGUACGAGCAAGUGGCCGAGGAGAUGCCGGAGGAGUAUCUGGCGCGUAAGAACAACAAGCUGCACUACCGGUACCCGCGUGGCGAGUCGUACCAGGACGUGAUCCACCGUCUCGAACCGGUAAUCACUGAGCUCAUGCGGAUGGACCAGCCCGUGCUCAUCGUGGCGCACCAGGCGAUCCUGCGUGUGCUGUACGCGUACCUGACCAACAAGUCUCCGUACGAAUGCCCCACUCUUAACAUCCCAUUGCACGUGGUCAUUCAGGUGACACCCAAGGCCUACAAGUGCGAGGAAGUGUGGCACCGCCCCAUGUAAAAGCGGAGCAGAAAAGCUCAGUCAGAUCC